AUGCCCACAGCCAGUCCGCGCACUGCGCCGCGGCAGGGAUCCUCACAGACACCAGCGGGCCCUGACGAGGCUGGACUCAGAGCUACCCGCGCGGCGCUGUGGCCUGUGCUCACAGCUUCGCCUGUCGCUCUGCGUCUGCACGCCGCAGACUCCGACUCCUGUCAGUGGCGUCCACUGCCGCGCACAAGCCUGCGGCUAGUCAUCCGUGCCGCCCCAGCAGUGCACACCACAGCCAAGGCCCCUCAGCCGCGCCGAGGCCUGGUCCAGUCUCUACUCCGCGUCAGUUCGCACACUGCCGCCUAA